CCUAGGACGCGGGCGACUAGCGUCAUCGGACCGCGCAGCUUGGAGCCUCCUCCGGCGGCCCGGCAGGCUUCAGACGAUCUGACCUCUGGAGCGACGCAGACAGAAUGUUCGGCUGUUCCCUGCUCCGGCGCGCGGCCGCUGUGGCGCGAGCGUGGCAGGGGCUGGAAGUCUUAAGGGCGAGGCGCCGCCCCCUGCACACCAGUCCGCAGUGCCCCGCUUUCGCCAAGGAGCUCUUCCUGGGCAACCUGGAGCUGAAAGGAAUUUUUCCGUUUCCAGAGGUUAGUCAAGAUGAACUUAAUGAAAUUAAUCAGUUUGUGGGACCUGUAGAAAAAUUCUUCACUGAAGAGGUGGACUCUCGAAAAAUUGACCAGGAGGGAAAAAUCCCAGUCGAUACUUUAGAGAAAUUGAAGAGCCUGGGACUUUUUGGGAUGCAGGUGCCAGAAGAAUAUGGUGGCCUUGGCCUCUCCAACACAAUGUAUGCUCGGCUAGGGGAGAUCAUCAGCAUGGAUGGGUCCAUCUCCGUGACCCUGGCAGCACACCAGGCUAUUGGCCUCAAGGGGAUCAUCUUGGUCGGCAGCGAGGAGCAGAAAGCCAAAUACCUGCCCAAACUGGCAUCUGGGGAGCACAUCGCAGCCUUCUGCCUAACAGAGCCAGCCAGUGGGAGUGAUGCUGCCUCCAUCCAGACCAGAGCUACGUUAAGUGAAGAUAAGAAGCACUUUGUCCUCAAUGGCUCCAAGGUUUGGAUCACUAAUGGAGCACUGGCCAGUAUUUUUACUGUGUUUGCAAAGACCGAGGUGGUUGAUUCUGAUGGUUCAACGAAAGACAAAAUCACUGCAUUCAUAGUAGAAAGAGGCUUUGGUGGAAUCACUAAUGGGAAACCUGAAGAUAAGUUAGGCAUUCGAGGCUCCAACACCUGUGAAGUCCAUUUUGAAAAUACCAAAGUACCUGUGGAAAAUGUCCUUGGAGAAGUUGGAGGUGGCUUUAAGGUGGCCAUGAACAUUCUUAACAGUGGGAGAUUCAGUAUGGGCACUAUUGUGGCUGGGAUGCUUAAGAAAUUGAUUGAACUGACAACUGAAUAUGCCUGUACUAGGAAGCAGUUCAACAGAAAUCUCAGUGAAUUCGGAUUGAUUCAGGAAAAGUUUGCACUGAUGGCUCAAAAGGCUUAUGUAAUGGAAAGCAUGGCCUACCUCACCGCAGGGAUGCUGGACCAACCAGGAUUUCCUGACUGCUCUAUUGAGGCAGCCAUGGUGAAGGUGUUCAGCUCUGAGGCUGCCUGGCAGUGUGUGAGUGAGGCACUGCAGAUCCUUGGGGGCUCCGGCUACAUGAAGGACUACCCCUAUGAGCGUAUGCUACGUGAUUCCCGUAUCCUCCUCAUCUUUGAGGGAACCAACGAGAUUCUUCGGAUGUACAUUGCCCUGACAGGCCUGCAGCAUGCUGGCCGCAUCCUGACUUCAAGAAUCAAUGAACUUAAAAGAGGCAACGUGAUCACAGUCAUGGAGACCAUUGGUCGGAGGCUUCGAGACUCUCUAGGCCGAGCUGUGGACCUUGGGCUGACAGGCAAUCCUGGCUUUGUACACCCUAGUCUUGGAGACAGUGCUGUGAAACUUGAGGAAAAUGUGUAUUACUUUGGCCGAACUGUUGAGACUUUGCUACUCCGCUUUGGAAAGACCAUUGUAGAGGAACAGCUGGUACUGAAGCGGGUAGCCAAUAUCCUCAUCAACCUGUAUGGCAUGACGGCGGUGCUGUCACGGGCUAGUCGCUCCAUCCGCAUUGGGCUCCAGAAUCAUGACCAUGAGGUUCUGUUGGCCAACAUGUUCUGUGUGGAAGCUUAUUUCCAGAAUCUCUUCAGUCUGUCUCAGCUGGACAAGUAUGCUCCAGAAAACUUGGAUGAGCAAAUUAAGAAAGUGUCUCAACAGAUCCUUGAAAAACGAGCCUACGUCUGUGCCCACCCUCUGGAUAGGACAUCUUGAGGUUGGGCCCUGCAUUUGAAGAGAUCACAUCUUCUAAAGAAAACCAGACAGAACCAAAUUGUUGAUGGCUCCUGUGUGUGGCUACACUGAUAGACCCCUGUGGAAAUGGGCUUAUGCUACCACCUCUGUGGCACAAGGCCCACGGGGAACUGAGGUGUGGGCAACCCUAAAGCAUCUGGGGUGGGGAGGGGCUGAAGAGAUGGCUCAGUGGUUAAGAACACUGAAUGUUCUUGCAGAAGACCCAGGUUCGAAUCCCACCAUCCACAUGGCAACUAACAACUGGUCCGUAAUUCUAGU